GGACGUAGGUGGUGGUGGUGGGCAGCCAUAUUGUCUCUGAUACAGCAGAAAUCAUACACUGGCACGGGCGCACCGGCGAAGGAGGGAGGCGAGGACUGUUAGUUUGCCGAAACCCUCAUUAUUUGGAAGCAUUUCGGUCGUAGAACUGAUCAAGGGGCUUUCCCACCUUGCCCCUGGUGGCCCCUCCCCCCCAUCCUCAGGCAAAACCCCCCCCCCCCCCCAACCCCAUUCCCUUGUGGCAUCUACCCCCUCACCCCUACCUCCCCCCAUCCCCUCUUCCUCCCCCCCAGCCUCCAUCCCUCUGGCUGUCAUCCGCUGCAGUAAGAUUUCCCCAUCAUAUCCGCCAAGCUGUCGGACAUGUCAGGACCCGUGCCAAGCCGGGCCCGAGUGUACACAGAGGUCAACACUCACCGGCCAAGGGAGUACUGGGACUAUGAGUCCCAUGUGGUUGAAUGGGGAAACCAGGAUGAUUUUCAGUUAGUGCGGAAGUUAGGACGUGGCAAGUACAGUGAAGUCUUUGAGGCAAUCAACAUCACCAAUAACGAGAAGGUUGUGGUGAAGAUACUCAAGCCUGUAAAGAAAAAGAAAAUAAAGCGUGAGAUUAAGAUUCUGGAGAACCUGCGUGGAGGUCCUAACAUAAUCUCUCUGAUUGAUAUAGUGAAAGACCCUGUAUCCCGAACACCUGCCUUAGUCUUUGAACAUGUUAACAACACAGACUUCAAGCAACUAUACCAGACCCUGACGGACUAUGAUAUUCGAUUCUACAUGUAUGAGAUCCUCAAGGCUCUGGAUUACUGCCAUAGCAUGGGAAUAAUGCAUAGAGAUGUGAAGCCACAUAAUGUGAUGAUAGAUCAUGAGCACCGUAAGUUGCGUCUUAUUGACUGGGGUCUGGCUGAGUUUUACCAUCCAGGACAGGAGUACAAUGUCAGAGUUGCAUCUCGCUACUUUAAAGGCCCUGAACUUUUGGUGGACUAUCAGAUGUAUGACUACAGCCUCGAUAUGUGGAGCUUGGGCUGUAUGCUGGCAUCCAUGAUCUUCAGAAAGGAACCUUUCUUUCAUGGUCAUGACAAUUAUGACCAGUUGGUGAGAAUAGCCAAGGUGCUGGGGACAGAAGACCUCUACGACUACAUAGACAAAUACAACAUUGAGCUGGAACCUCGCUUCAAUGACAUUCUUGGCAGGCAUUCUCGUAAGCGGUGGGAGCGAUUUGUCCAUAGUGAGAACCAGCACCUGGUCAGCCCCGAGGCUCUGGAUUUCCUAGACAAACUGCUGCGCUACGACCACCAGGCCAGACUCACUGCCCGCGAGGCCAUGGAUCACCCAUACUUCUUCCCUAUUGGGAAAGAUCAGUCUCGUGUGACCGGAUCAGCCAACCUACCCAGUGGGAACCCUGCUGUUAGCACAGCAAACAUGAUAACUGGUAUCUCUGCCUUGCCAGCCUCUACUGCCCUGGGGCCUCUCACUGGCUCACCUGUCCUAUCUGCUGCCACCAAUGCCCUGAGCACCCCGGUGCCCGCUGCUGCUGGCGCCCCACAGUGACACCCUCACCCAGAAUCACACUAAAAAUACCCCCACCCCUCCCUGACUUAUCAAUCUCCCACUUUCAUCACCACCCAGUCAGGAUGGGGGAGGGGUGUCUUAGCAGUUCUCUGCCAGCCGUCACCAUAUCCAACUUAACUCGGUGUGACUACGCUUCAGGAGCUGGAGGCAGCAGUUAUCUUACAAAAAAAGAGCUGUUUUUCCCUCCUGUGAAUGAGAGUGUUAACACGACAUAUGAAAUGAAUGUUGUUUAUCUGGUAUUUUUUUCAUUUUGCCCCCCAAGUGUGUUUUGGGUGGUGAGACUAAGCAAUGGUCAUUCCUCCCCCACUGUGUGUUUUAGUUUGGCAAGAGAAGGCCACUGGUCAAUAAGAAUAUCAGCAGAAGGUAAAAGGAGAUGCUGGCUGCCAGGACCAAGAGGAGA